AACACAACAGACAAACCUUCACAUAAUGGAGGAAGAUAACUCCCAAACACUUGAAUAUGCUCACUCUGAAUUCAAAAGGCGGAAUUUCCAGCAGGCAGAGGAGCUGUACACGAAGUAUAUCUCUUCCUGUUCACAGUCCAGGGAAUGUGAAGCUAGUAGUUUGGCCACUGCUUACAACAACCGCGGACAGAUAAAGUACCUCCGGGUGGAUUUUCAUGAAGCGGUGGAGGACUACACUUCCGCCAUACAGACUGACAGCGGGUUUGAAGUACCGUUUUACAACAGAGGGCUCGUCCACUACAGACUGGGUUUUUUUGACGAUGCCAAGAGUGACUUCCAACAAGCAUUAAAGCUCAAUCCAGAUUUUGAAGAUGCCAAAGUGAGCCUGCAGCAGACAAUACUGGACCAGCAGCACAAGAUUAACAGGGGAUACUGACAGCCAGAGUACAUAUAUUAUAUAUCCUUAAAACUGGUGGCUGAAGAGAAGAUGUAUAUUCCGUCAAGUGUUGUCAGUUGAGUUGAUGUGUGUGGACGAUAAUGUUUAAUUUAUGUUUUUAAAGGUGGACCCCAGGAAGAUAAGUGGUGCUCUAGGGCACAGCUAUUGGGGAUCCUAACAAAUAAACAAAAAAGCUUAAAUUUAUGUACAGCUGUCAUCUAACAAAUUAAGAUGUCGCUGUUUAAUCUGAGGAUGAACACUUUGAUUAUUUAAAGAUGUCAGCGUGAAGAUAAAUCUAAAAGUGAAACAUAAAACAACGUGCACAAAGCAGUGACCACUGUAAAUCAGAUGAUAGCUGCAAAAACAUUUUCAGUUUGAACACAUGAAAGGAAGUAGACAACCCACUGGAUCAGGCGCGACGCUUGUAUGGAUUUUUGUUAAGCAGAGCAUUGAUAAUUCCUUUUCUGCACUGACUCGAGACUCUUCCUGUUGGAAAUAAUGUAAUGGCCUCAUAAAUGAAAGUAGAUUAUUGUAUGAGUCUGUGAGUGGACAGCACAGACUCAUCGACUCGAGCAGGAGCACCAGGUGAAAUGAUGAGCUUUGGUUUUACAGUCCGUAAUAAAUGUUAGAGCACCAUCUUGAAGACACUGGGAGGAGGUUUGCGACUAUAAACAAACCAUAAUCAAGUGUUGGCGUACAGUAAUGAUGAGCAGGCUCUCUGGUGCAAAGGAAAAAUGUGUUUUGUGUUUUAAAUGCUGGCAUCAUAUGUUUCUGCAAACCAUGAAUGUGUUACAUUUGUAUGUUUCAUAUGUAUUGUAUUAACAUAGUAUAUUAAUUGACUUUGUCACUGAGAGGUUGAGGGGAUGGUGGAUGUGUGACACCUGGCGAGACACCUGCCAAGCUGCAGAUCACAGUUCAAGACCAACAAAUCCAUUUUUUUUAGCAUGUCAUUGCUAAAAAAAAACCCAGCUUUUUCGUCACCAAAUGCAAAUGUGUUUUAGCGACCUGUUGCUGUUUUUACAUCACCGAUAGUGCCAUGAAAAACAGUUGCAUUUUACCAGACAUCUACAGCUUGUACAGCCACGAUUGUGACACCAAAACUGGACUUUUUAAGUCCAAAUAUGAUCUCUUCCUAACCAUACGAUGAAUUACUGGUCAGGCCUACUGGGCACAGGCCUGGGAGCCUGAAGCAGCCUUUACCUGCAAAAUUCAGAUGUACAUGUGCUCACCAGGAAGAGACAAAAAAAGCCCACAAAGAGAUGCAAGGGGACUGCAAAGAGAGACAAAAUAACUACCGGAGGGGGCAAAGCAAUCAUAAAGAGACACGAAGCGACUACAGAGGGAAACAGAACUACAAAAAAUACACAAAAAUACUCCAAAUAGAAACGAAAUGAUCUUAAAAAGACACAAAACGACAAAAAAGGAUUCAAAAUAACUUCUAUGAGAAACGAAAUUAUCUAUAGAAGGCACAAAACUACAAAAAAGGCAUAAAAUUACUCCAAAGCGAAAGAUAUUGAUCUUAAAAGAACACAAAAUGACUGCUAAGAGACAAAGUGACCACAAAAAGAUUUAUACGAUUACAAGGAGAGGCAAAACGGACAUAAAGUGUGUGUGUCUUGCGCUUUUGUAGAAGAGAGGUAGUGGGGCCUUUUCCAGAGCUGCGCCCAGGGGUCCAGAGUCUCAUAAUCAACAACAUUCCUAACCACAUAACCAAGAGGUUUUACGGCUAAACUGAACCACACUUUAACCACAGCGUUGUUCAAACAUACAGUUUCAUCGUGUCUGCUACAUAAUAACGUACACAUGUAACAUAUCAAUGGUUUGCAGAAACAUACAGUGCCAACAUAUAUUCUGAUGAUUGGGUUGGUUUUAAGGAUUUUUUAUCCUUGAUUCUUGAGACACAAGUUGAAUAAUUUAAAGAGAGACAUUUAUGUUACCAAAGACAUGUACAUAUGUUUAUAAUCACUGAACAAUAAAUUAUUUUUCUCACA